AAUUAAUCGUACUGUUGAAAUUGCAGAUGUAAUCAAAUUUGCCAAUCGAAUCAGUGCUCGAUAUUUUAGAUAAUGGAGAGAAAAUCAAGUGCAUCCAAGGAUUGGUUGAAACAUUUGAUCAACUGAAAUCAAAUUAAGUUCAUAAUGCUUAUUUGAUAAAAAAGAUUAAGGAAGUAAGUUUAUUACAAUAGAUCUAGCUUCGACUUGUUUCUUAAAUAAUUAACGACAUGUUAUGCAGUGACGAGGUCGUUCACAGUCCAAAAAGGUAAUAGAGCAAGAUCAAAAAAAGUCGAAUCAUUUUUGACAAGCAACUUGAUCUUUAGCUUUUGAAGACCUCCAUAGUUAAGAUUGAAUCAUCGAUCAGAGAGGGAUUCAAGUUACAUUAAGAAUUGCAUCCAAAAUUUCAAUUGAUAUAAAAUUAAAAUAUAGAAGACUAGGACGAUGACCUAUUUAAUCAACUUGAUAUUAUGAGACUAGUACAAAUCUAUCAAAGUGAGAUGGAAUAUGUGAAUGAAUAUUUCAAUAGGGUUGAAAAAAAUCCAAAUAAUUCAAAUAGUUAGUCCUUGGAUAUUUUAAAUCAAUCGUAUUAAGAUAUGCUUCUUGACCAGAACAUCUUCAUCAUUGUUCGAUAUGUAAUAAGACUUAUAUAGUUUAGUUUUAAAAUUUGAAUCAAAUUAUCGAGGCGCUUGAAAAUUUGAAAUAAAAACUCGUUUAAUAUGAUGAAUUCGAAUCCUAAUCAACGAAUUUUGAAAACUCAAGGAACUCAUCAACAAAUGAAAGUAUUUCAAAUCAAAAUCAUUUAUAGAGCAUUUUCCUAGAAGCAAAUCAUAGACAUAUGAAUUAUGUGAACAACAGAGGAAUAAUGUUUUGAAAGAAAUAACAAAUGAAAUCAAAGAGAAAUCUUCUGAAACAUGUAUAAAUUGUAGUAUAUUUUGAAUUAAUUUAUUGUAUAUUAUAUUUGCC